CUUCAGCUUUCUUGUUACUGCGACUGAUAUUCAGCCAGCCCUUGGGUAAUUCUGAAUGACUUUGGCGGUGCCUUUGCUAUGGGAGCUGUAGGUGGAGGAAUAUGGUACAGCAUUAAGGGUGCACGAAAUUCUCCGAGGGGGGAACGUUUUGUUGGCGCAAUAUCUUCCAUGAAAGCUCGCGCACCAGUGACGGGCGGUAAUUUCGGAAUAUGGGGAGGGAUGUUUUCUACGUUUGAUUGUGCAAUUAAAGGCAUCAGACAGAAAGAAGACGCAUUCAAUGCGAUUGCCAGCGGUUUUCUAACUGGUGGAUGUUUGGCAGCCCGAAGCGGUCCAAGAUCUGCACUGGGUUCAGCUGUAGCGUGUGGUAUUCUUCUUGGUGUAUUUGAAGGAGUCGGUGUUCUUUUAUCAAGAGUAUUCGCUGAGGGACAACGGCCACCACUACCUGCGCCAAUGUCCCCACAAUCACCAGCGCCAGCUUUAUAACUUGAUAUACAACGAUUUUCUACCCCACUCAACGUACAGCAUUGAUAUAGGUUGCCCGUUUCAUCUAAUACUUUUGGCCAAGCCCACACUGUUUACUUUUAGACGUCUAUCUGAGCCAGUAACUGUUCAUAGAGCAGUUUCGAUGCUAUCUAUACCUGCAAGGGCCAGUGCACAUACUGUAAACAAAAUCUGCUACCUAUCGCUAAUUCAAUCUGCU